AUAUUAGUCUUAGGUGGGGGUCAAAUUAUUAAUCAUACCCCCACUGCUCAAAAAGACUCAGUCACACAGUGUGUUUGCAUCUGAACAGAUCAAAGAUUUUUAUAAAUGACUGUACUGUUUAUUUGCUCCAAGAUGGUUAUCAUAAAACAAUUUACAGUGAAGAAAUUAGUGUCAAAUCAUACUAUAUUUUAAAUUGGUUUUUAGAAAUUAUGGCUGAUAAUAGGGCUAAAGUGAUAAACAAAUCAAGAUAUUGCAUUGAUCCAUUCAAAUUGCACAAGAAAAAUGUAUCAAAAUCCUUGCUAAGCGUCCCAGAAGCAACUGCUGAUAAAUGGAAAACACUAGAUCUAUCAGGUUGUAAGGUGUGUAUCAAUUUUCUGAAAAGACUCUACAUCACAUCUCCUCCAGAGGAUGAAAUGGAUAUGAGCUUUGGAUCUAAUACUUCAUCAUCAAGCAAACAAGAUGAUGAACCUUUUAUAGAUGAUGAGAGUAGUACAGAUAAAGUAGAGGUUGUGCAGCAUUUGAAUAGCUGUUUAAAAGCUGUUGGAGAAUCUUCUCUGAAAAGACCCAGUAAGAUAACCCCAACUUAUGCUAGCAGGAAGAUAUCCAAAAUUCAAACUGUACUUCAAAAAAGCUUGACUACUGAAGGAGCAGAAAUUCAAGAUGAAGCUUCAGAGGUUGAAGACUAUCAAGAGAUCAUUGAGAAACUCAAAGACAAGUUUGCCAGCACUUCCUUGAGAAGUGAAAAAAUCCAGGUCCUCACAGUUGUAGCACAAACUUGGUCUGAGAGGAAAAUAGCAAGAGUCUUUGACACCUCCAGGCACAUGGCAAAAAUUGCUAAUAAAACUGCAAGAGAGAAGGGAAUACUUUCAGAUCCCAAUCCAAAGAGAGGAAAGACUCUAGAAAAAGAUACUGUGCAAAGAGUCAAAGAGUUUUAUCUAAUUUCUAUCUAAUUUCUUCACUGUAAA